UUUCCCACGAAGUAGCGAAGCCAAAACGCAGUUCCUUUCGUCAGUCCGCUGAUCAUUGGCCAACACGCAAAAGUUUCUCGCUUGUAACCACCACAAAAGAAUAGCACCCACCUCCCGCUAUUACUCUAGCUAGUAAGCAACAGCAGCACACACACACACACUUGUCGCAGACACUCCAACCCCUAGCUAGAAUUGAUACAAAGCAACAUGAUGUCUCCUGACGAUCAAUUCGAGAUUGGUGAACCAGAUGACGUUUUGCAAUUGGUGGAAGAACCACUUGACGAUGAUGAACUAGAUGACUGUGAUUCCAAGACGGUCCAAGCCCGCAACAGCAGCAGUGUCAACGCGUUUUACUAUCCCGCGUAUUAUUCCAAUCACAACAACAACAACAUGAACAUGAACAACGGCGACGAUUGCGUUGCCGAAAUCGAGAUUGUCGAUGAGACAGAGGGAGUCUUGGACGGCAGGAUGAAAAUGGCCAAUCAGCCUCAAAAGCGACGUUUUUCGGAUCACCUGACAUCUCUGUUGAUUGCUCCCGUCAAGUUUCUACGUGCAGCUUCCCCACUGAGUCACGACCAAAGCAACAACGACGACAAUGACUAUGCCAACGUGACGCAAAUGUUUGGAAGUACCAAUGCCUAUCAACCGUCCAUGCGCAAGGCUCAGUACGAACCCAUUCUUGCCACGGACGACGACGACGACAACAACGACGACAAAGCCAAUGACGACGAAAACGACAAAACUAAAGAGGAACAAUCAAAGAAUAAAGCACCAGAACGAGUCAUGUUUGGUUAUGCCGCCUACCAUGGCUCUCGAUGGAUACCACCAGAGAUUUUGGACAAUUGGGAACACUUUGUCACGAACCAACCAACGGCGGCUCCUCGGUUGAGUGUGGCUCGUCCUACCAUGUGUUAUCCCGGAUUUGAUUGAUUGAUUUGAACCAUCCAUGAAGAGAGAGUAUUCACGACAAUAUAUAACAUGAUUGACAACCUACCUACAUGUACAGUGCAGUAUACCCCGUGCCGUUGCUUCCGUUGCUUCCGUGCCAGUUUGAACGGCGAUUUGUUUCCUGAGUUAUUCGUGGUGCAUAUCAUUAUUAUUUAUUUGAUCUCAUACAGUACAAUACAGUAACAGUAAAGUUAAAAAGUCACACUUUAGAGAUGUGAGAC